AUGUGCAGAAAGAUUUUGUCUAGAAAGAGAUGUAUUUCAGAUUUGUGCGACAAGAAACAGUUCUUGCCCUUUACACAUCAAACAAACAGGUCUGUUAAUUAUAAUGAAACAACAAAACUAAAUGAUAGAUUUAUUAGAGUAGGAUGGUAUGGUACAUUCGACUUUGUUAUUCCGUCAGUACAACCUGCUAAAAGACACUGUGGAGCUAAGUAUCCCGCCUAUUUACAAAGUGAACCAGACGUUGAAAGGGUUAUAGUAGAUGUUACGGUUUGUAUGCGUGGUUGUAGAAGUAAAAAGAUCAUCAAGGCUUUAAAAUGUUCUGAGCGAUUAACCGUAUACAGAUUGGUACGACUUUCAACUAAUGGAGCAGCAUAUUGUCUAGGUGGAAUAGAAACCGGACCAGAUUUUAACACAAAUGUGACUAUUGAUACUGAUACAAACUUGAGACUGGUUGCUGGUUUCGACGAUGAACAGGAAUUUAUAUUCGACUGUUCCUUUCCCAAUCCAAAUCAGGAUUCAUUCGUAUACAAGGCGACAUGGUUUGUUGAUGAUGUGAUUGUAUACGAGUCUAACUAUACUGAUUAUAAUGAUGCCUAUAAAAUCAGAAGUCUAACUGAUACCAGGCUAAGAGACAGUAACAUCACUACACUCGGCUUUCAGCUUCAUUGUGAUGUAAGAGCAGCCGAUGAUGUUAAGCGGAGAUCGAGUUUACCGUCAACUAGUAACAAGACAUUUAUUGGAAUGAUAGUUUCGAAUCUGGCUUAUAAUUUAAAAGAAGGGGGGCAUGCUACUAUAUGGAUACGGUCUACAGUUCCUAUUGGUUGCGCUGAUGAUAAUGGUGGGUGUACAUUAUCAGUAACUGCUGAUAUACCCAAGGAAGGAGGCGAUAGAUGUAAACCUUCUCCCACAGCUAAUGGUGGGUGUGGUAUUUCCAUUAAGGCUUCAGAAUGGAACGAAUGGCAUCAAUUAAACAUCAGUUCAACUGUAACUGAAGAUUAUGGACAAGCGGUUAUUCAAAAGAAAAUAUUUCUACGGGCGGACGAUGAGUAUUUUUAUCAACCUAUCUGGGGGAAUUACUUCCUUGAACCAGUAACGAUCUAUAUAACAAAGGAUACAUCACUCAUUGAAGGCAAACUAUGUAAAAUUAGCAGCGAUCCGUAUUUAUUGGACUUCUACAGUUUCUGGUCCACAUCAUUUCAAAUGGAAGGUACGUUCUACUUAUCAAAAAUGGAUAAUGUGGAGGUGCAAGUAACGGAAUGUUCUGGGGUGUUUUUGGGAACAGGAUAUUGUAUUUGUGGUGUUGUAGUAAGAGUAGGAAGAACUGCCUUUAUGAUCAACCGCUGUAACCUAGGAUACUGGUAUAUUGACUAUAUAUUAUGUGACGAUGGUGGCGAUAUUCUUGAUGUGCGAAAACGUAAAGAAAUUAUUUUUGAGAUGUAUUUACCAAGUGAUACAAGAGUACUCAUCCUUCUGACGGGAGAUUCUAAGUAUAACUGGUUGAAUAUAUAUAUAAUACCAUCAGUAAGAGAUAUCGGUAAAACAACUGGUUUAUGUGGUGAAUUAACAGGUGAUCCACCAGAUGUAGAAUACAAUGACGGAUAUUUUAAUUCCUUCAGAGUCGAUAAAAAGGCAAGCUUGUUUGAUCCAGGCAACUGGAAAACCCUGACGGAGUGGGCAUCUAAUAACGCUGCAAGAAUCCAACAUUGUCGUUGUGAUGAUAAAGCUGACGAUAAAAUAGACACAUCUCUGAACUGUACUCUAGUACCAGGAGCGACAACCUGUUCCUCAGACACAGCUUAUACCUUGUUCCAUAAAAAAAGAUGUAUCAAUCCUUUAAGAAAGAAAAGGUCACUUCCUCGGGGAUUGCAUCCUCAAAUAUUACACCACCGACGACUCAGGCGGGAUGUAAGUUGGAAGAAUCGAUGGACUCUAAAAAGUGCUAAUGAAUAUUGUUCUGGUCUGUUUAAUAAUUCUAUGGUUAUUAAGAGAUGUGAAGGUAUAAGAGGUAUUAAUAUUGAAGGGGCUAUAGAAACAUGUGUCAGUGAUAUAAAGCUAAGUGGAACUGAUGUGUUUGCUCUCUCUGCCAUAUCGUCUGUCAGUUCUCAAUGUUUACGUGAAGCCAGCAUGAAUGGAACUUUACGAGAAGAAAAGGUGGAUAGCAAUAAAACUAUUCUGGAGAUGGUAAACGAAGUUGCAUGUCCUGGGGAAUGUUCAGAUCAGGGACUUUGUGAACACGGUAAAUGUAUCUGUAACUCUGGGUUUAUAGGAUCCGACUGUUCAGUAUCACUCAGUAAACCACCAUUAGCCCACAAUCUAGAAGCUGAUGGACAUUGUGAUUUAUCACUAGACGAUUGUAAUGAAGUGGCUGUUUUUGGUGGAAGAUUUGUAGAUCAUGACAAGACCAAGUGUAAACUGUUACCAUUUAAGAUAAAGAAUGACCAAGUUACUGUCAGUGAAGAUAUAAUAAUACAAACAGCAGUAUUUGAGAGUAUUGGAGAAGUAACGUGUAAAUUAUCAUCUAGAAAACGUAGAAGAAGAUCAGUAGAUGUACCAGUUAUUGAUGAAACUGUGACUGGUUAUAAAGUCUCCGUAUCUAAUAAUGGUCAGAACUACAGUCAACAGUUAAAUCUGAUCAUAUAUAAUACAGAAUGUAUAAACUGUAGUAUAGAUAACUCGAAUGAAAUGAGCUGCACAUUUUCGCACUUUACUAUUCCAGGUAAAUGUAUCUGUAACUCUGGGUUUAUAGGAUCCGACUGUUCAGUAUCACUCAGUAAACCACCAUUAGCCCACAAUCUAGAAGCUGAUGGACAUUGUGAUUUAUCACUAGACGAUUGUAAUGAAGUGGCUGUUUUUGGUGGAAGAUUUGUAGAUCAUGACAAGACCAAGUGUAAACUGUUACCAUUUAAGAUAAAGAAUGACCAAGUUACUGUCAGUGAAGAUAUAAUAAUACAAACAGCAGUAUUUGAGAGUAUUGGAGAAGUAACGUGUAAAUUAUCAUCUAGAAAACGUAGAAGAAGAUCAGUAGAUGUACCAGUUAUUGAUGAAACUGUGACUGGUUAUAAAGUCUCCGUAUCUAAUAAUGGUCAGAACUACAGUCAACAGUUAAAUCUGAUCAUAUAUAAUACAGAAUGUAUAAACUGUAGUAUAGAUAACUCGAAUGAAAUGAUCUGCACAUUUUCGUCGUAUCAUUGUAUUAUGCAUAAUAUAUGCUAUGGUAAUGGUACUAUGUAUAAUACAGGUAUCAGAGAAUUUGUCUGUCGAGCUGACAGCAGUGGGAAAGCUUGGUUUGCCGUUAUUAAUGAAACUGUUAUAGAUAAUGAUAGAGCGAAAGUUAUUAAUGAAACUGUUAUAGAUAAUGAUAGAGCGAAAGUUAUUAAUGAAACUGUUAUAGAUAAUGAUGCAGCGAAAGAUGGAAUUGAUGCUGUUGUAAUUGGUAUAUCAGUAGUAGCAGCCGUGGUUAUUAUUAUAUUUAUUUCAAUCAUCAUCGUAUGUGAGAGAAGGUCACAUAAGAUCUCUGGUGCAUAUUCAGUAGCUACGAAUCCAGUGUACGAUCCUAAAGAUGAAAAUCCCACCAAUGAUUAUGAUACCGUGUCUCUUUCUCAACACAGUGCUCACGUUUAUGAAGAAUUCAAAUAA